CCCAAACACAUCUGGGACUGGCACGCCUGCCACCGACACUACCACAGUAUGGAGGUGUUCGCCCACUUCGACAUACUGGACAGUCGUGGCAAACGCGUGGCUGAGGGACAUAAGGCUAGCUUUUGCCUCGAGGACAACAACUGCAAAGACAACAGCACUAGAAAGUAUGCCUGCGCCAACUACGGUGACCAGGGUAUAAGUGUGGGCUGUGUCGACACCUAUUUAUAUAACAUAGACUGUCAGUGGAUUGACAUCACAGAUAUAUCUCCCGGCGUGUAUCAGCUCAAGGUGUCCAUUAAUCCUGAGUUUAAAGUAUCGGAACUGAGUUUUGACAAUAACGCCGCCCUUUGCACCUUCUACUACAACCAAUAUAUGGGACGGGUGUACAACUGUACCCUCACCCGGCCCUAAUUUGGCAUUACAUAAACUGCCAGCAAGUCUAUAGACUAUAGUAUUGAUGAUACAGUAUUAAAUGUAGCAGGAAAUUAGUUAUUAAUAAGUAAUUAAUUUUAAGUUUAAUUUAUACUGUAUUACAAAUUCACAAAGUG